AUGCCAUUGACAUUGACCACCACUGACCACAAACUUCUGCUCGAUGAUGACUCGCAUAGCGAGAUGCCGACGACAAUCAGUCCCGCGGAACGGUUCGUCGAUGACAUCACCAUCAACAAUGGAACCACAAGCGAUGAAACACUACCAAUUUCCGCCGCCAACUUGGAUUUCACAAAGUUGGAGACAACUGCUGCUUCAUUAGCUGCUGUGCAUCGACUUAUCAAACGAAGAGCCAAACCUUACUCCUCUUACACCGCUCAUUGCUGA